UUGAUGACGAUUAUUGUUGUGUAUUUGGCGAUGGAGGAGAGAGAAGCCUUGAAGAAGCAGAUUGAACUGUUGCAAACUCUUAUCAACAACCACAAAAGUGUCCAUGGAGAUGCCCCUUCAGGCGCUCGGACUUGGAGUCGUCCCCGUCAGGCUACAGCCAGCAGCCAGAGUCGAAGCACAGAGUUCUCCCGCUCUCACCCAGCCCAGACAAGACCCUUUGAAUCCCAGCCUCCAGGGUACUGGAGGAAGAAGUACUCUCUCAGUAACAAACACACUGCUCCAGAGGGUACAGUGGUCAUUCACACUGGCCCUGCUGGAACAGCUGUCAAGAGUGCAGUGAGUUCCUCUGUACAGCACCUUCCAAACCAGCCUGUGGGCCCUUCCAGUUCCUCCGGUGUUACAGCUGACCCCCAGAUCACCUCUGCUUCAGCCACAUUGCUCUCAGGGAACUCUGCUCUGACUGCUAGGCAACAGAGCAAAGGACUCUUAAUCAGCAAGCACCAAGCUGCCUUAUCCUCCAGUCUAUUAUUAUCUUCAGGUUUGAACAACAACCUCAGUCAGCAGAACCCUGUGUUGUUGUUGUCGUCACAGGGUUCAGACACUGGUUUGACAGGGAAAAGCAAGACCAUAAAGAAUUCAAGCCUGACACAGGCUGUUUUAAUUCCCAAAGGAUCCCAAAACAGUGCUCUUCCUUCAGGACCUGUUUCCACAUCCCCCCAGACUUGUGGCCUAAAUGAAAAUGUGCAGCCCAAGCCCUCGUCAUUACCUCGGGCUGAUAGUGGAGAUGGUUCAUCAGGCCAUGUAAGUAUGAGCCACGGUUGUUCUCUUGACAAAAAAACAGUGUCUCCAAAAGCAAGUGUCCUGAGAGCUAAAACCACAACUCCGUCAACUUUGUUGCAGGUCAAACCCCAUUUCCUCAGCAAAUCAGUGAAAGACCCAAAGCCUGCGAGCAGUGAUCCUGCUUCCAUUACAUCUCAUCAUAUCACCAAGAUCACCUCUAGUGUUCUCUCCAGCUCCUCUUCACAAACUGAUACAGGGUCUGAUGCAGGAGAUAAAAAUGCUGGCAAGCUACUAACUGCCCUCCCGCAGCCUUCCAGUGUCUGGGGCAGAGCUGCCUCAGUCAAGAGAUCUCGGUACACCUGGGUCAAGAAGACACAAGAGGGGCUGGCUGGGCCCAGCCACAUUGAGGCAUUUAAGGGCUCUGGCACUGCUAAGCCUGCCCUGUCACCAGCCUCUCAACCCCAUGCCCCAUCACUCAGUUCUGGCAAGAAAAGGACUGUGGCUGCCAGCAGGACCUUGAGGAUUUCAAAUCCAUCCCCACCACCUCUAGGCACACAGCUGCCAAAAGCAGCCAAGACACAGUACACCUGGGUGUCUGCAGCUGCUCGCCCCCCUCAACCCAGCAGGAAGCCCCUGUCCCCUACCCAGAAGGCUGGGGGUUUGUCCAAGAAUCUGAAGCUCCGAGCGAAACCCACUGCCCCCCAUAUGGUGAAAUCCAAGAAGGCAGGCGGGGUCUCCUGCCCCCAGCAGGCUCAGGGAAGUAAGUACCGCUGGAGGGCUGCAGCACAGACUCAGGCAGCUGCCGCUGCCAGCAGGUCAGUGUACCAGUGGAAGGUGGAAAAGGAGAAUGGCCACCGGGCGGAAUCAGGGCAUUCAUCAGUCAUCCAGGCCCCCCACAGCAAACCUGUCCUCUCCCCCUCCCCUUCCCCCUACAAACUGAAAAGCAGGAUGAAGAUCAUCAGGCGUAAGAGUUCUGGCAGCGUGGCUGUCGUCGAGCGGAGGGGCAGCGCUGACUGGCUGAUGGUGAAAACGCAGUUCUCCUUGCGCCGACGCAGGCAGUCGGUUGGGAAGAGUCCGCCUUUAGCCAGGAGAGCCCCAGCGAAGGGGCUGGUGCCCAUUGGCAGGCACAAACUGCGCCGGCUCCCCAGUGCCAGCAGCCAGGGCUCUGCCAGGACAGGCUUCAGCUCCCCCUCCCUUCGGAAUUCCUCAACACAGAGGGUGAUCAAGACGCGCUACAAGAUAGUGACACGAGGGGCCGCCAGCAUUUCGCCCGCUGUCCACUCCAGCCCAUCACUCUCCUGGAGGGUGCGCAGGAUCCACUCUGCCAGGACUGUGCUCCAGACCCGGCUGCGUGCGCCCCAGGACAGACAGCCCCCCCAGCGGCCCUGGAGAGGGAGGAGCAUGCGCUGGAUCGGGGGGGCUCUGUAUAGAGUCUCUGCCAACAAGCUGUGCAAGACACCCACUCUGCCUGUCCCCAGCAGCGGCAGCAUCCAGCACAGAGCAGGGAAGUGGGCCGAUCUGUCUGGCAGCUCCAUCCCAGGAACGCCCACCAGCUCCAGCAGGGCCUCCACGAGCCGACACAUUGCCAGCCGGGCUGUGCAGCGCAGCCUGGCGAUCAUCCGACAGGCGCGGCUGAAGAAGCAGCAGGGCAGGGAGUACUGCAUGUAUUACAACCGCUUCGGCAAGUGCAACCGUGGCCAGGACUGCCCCUACAUCCACGACCCCGAAAAGGUGGCUGUCUGCACCAGGUUCCUGAGGGGUACCUGUAAGCAGACUGACGGCACCUGUCCCUUCUCACAUAAAGUCUCCAAAGACAAGAUGCCCGUGUGCUCAUACUUCCUGAAGGGGAUUUGCAAUAACAACAGCUGUCCCUACAGCCACGUCUAUGUGUCCCGGAAAGCUGCUGUGUGCCAGGACUUCGUCAGGGGGUACUGCCCCCUGGGAGAGAAGUGUAAGAAAAAGCACACCUUGCUGUGCCCAGACUUCACCAAGAAAGGGGCUUGCCCUCAUGGGGCCAAGUGCAAACUGCAGCACCGGCAGCGCGCCAGGGGGACCAGGCCCCACCGGCCCGAGGACUCCGCCCAGAGAUCCGGGAGUGAGGAGGCUCUGGUCCGCUCUAGUCCUGCCCAAGGCUCUGGGCCAGCACUUGGAGAAAACACUCCAGCUGAGGCAGCCACUUCAGGCCCUGAGAAGCUCCCUUCAUACAUCUCUCUACACUCCUCACCGGGCUCGUCGGAAGUCAGCACCGAGCUGGAGGUGCCUGUGAGUGAAGGUACAGAAGGAACAGAAAAAAGGCUCCAGAUCAAACCUCGGUUUUAGAAGACCUCCAGCCCUGCCUGAGCCUCCAGCCUGCAGUCGACACCCCAGAUCAGGAACAUCUGCCUGCACUCCUUCUCAGGGUCCCCUACUUUAACACACAGAUGAGAUUUUUUUACAAAAGUUUUAUUUAGGUCAACAAACUGCAAUAAGGCAAAGCAGUUGUAUAAAUUUUAAUUUGUGGAUGCUGUGAGAGAUCAGAGUGAAUAAUUUGGGAACAUGAAUAAAGUGUAUUUUAUUUGCUAUUAAACUGG